CUGCGUGUCUGGCUAUGAGGUUCGGAUCGGCUCGGUAUCGGCCUCAGUCCCAGCAUAAAUUGCACUUCGCCUGCACGGAUCGCGCAAGAAUAUUCUGCCAGCAAUCUGGCCAAGUGACCACCAAGCUAAUUUCGGGAGCAGGGGCCUGGGGCCAGUGUCAUAUGCCCGGCACUAGGUGCAGCGAAAUGUAAGGAACGUACAAAUAAACGCGCAUUUUCCAGAGAAGUAGAAAAACUUCCACCCUCAAAGCGGCACACACAGCGCACAAACACACAGACAGUCAGUCGUACAAACACACAGCGAACUAAUACAGACAUGUAAGAAUGCUGCAGUCGUGCAGUUGGUUGGUAUGCGAAUAGUUGAUACCCAGUAAAUGCGGGGGAUCAUUGCAUAUGUAUACUCAACUCGAUCUGGCAAAUAACGACAAGAAACUAAUUUACCAGCUUAUAGGUAAAAUACCCAUCUUAACUGCUAACUAGAAGAGCUUGGAUGAACCAGCGGACAAACUAUAAAACUAUUAACUAUCUAAAUCAUAUGCGAGGAAUAGGGGUGCGGCUACUCCACAACCAAUAUACCCUGCUUGCCCCUGGGCACUGUCACUGUCAUUUGCGUCGCAGCGCUGCCGCUGUCCGCGUCCGCGUCGUUUUGCCUGGCCCAGUGUUUCCGCUUUCUUUCGCCUCGUUGUAAUGUUACUUUUAGUUUGAUGUCGGAGCCUCGACGAGCCGGUCGUAAGCGAAAUCGUAAGCGAGACUUUAGUGCGAUUCCGCUCCGUUCCGCCGGGUGUGUGUGCGUGUUUAGUUCAAGCUGACUCGAGCUGAGGCGAAGCAAAAGCAAAAUCGGAAUCAGAAUCCAGCGGAAUCGAGAAUCAGAAUCGAAACCGAAAGUGGUUCUCCGCGUGUGCGAGCUAGUGUGUGUGUGUGUGUGUGUGUAUGUACGUGUUGUGUUUGGGCCCGCUUUUCUGCUUUUCUACCCCCGAAAAAGCAAAGCACAGCAUAAAACUGUGCGCUCGUAAGCGCGUACGUGUUUCUAUGUGCCGCCUGUGUGUGUGUUUGUGUGUGAGGGCUAGUGUAUGAGUGUGGCCAGGGGAAAGGAGGAAAAGAAAAGAAAACCAACCCCCACCAGCGACGGCGGAGAACAGGAAAACAACAACAGAAGGCACACAACCAGCGCACCAUCACCACCACCAUCAUUACCAUUACCGCCACCACCCACUACAACACUUCGUCAUCGUAUCGCGUUGUGCAGAAAAUAAUUACAAAAAAAUAAAAAGAUAUAAAAUAAAAAGUAAUAUUAGCGCCCGAUCGAGUUAUAGUGCUAAAGCGAUUUGAAAGAUACUUGCCUAAACAAAAAGGGCCCCUCGAGGCCCCGAAUCAAAAACCGAACUAGAAUCAAAUACCCCGCCGAUCAUCCCGAUCCUGACAUGAUGAACUUCUCCGCGUUCGGCGGCCCCUUCUCCGGCAUCCACCAGUUUGCCGCUAAAUUCGACGCCCAGACGCCCGGCGCCUUCGGCACGCCCCCCGCGGCCGCCGCAAAUGCAGCAGCCGCAGCGGCAGCGGCCGGCACCGAUAACCAUGUGCAGCGCUAUCAGACCAAUGGCAAUCACUUUAAUCAGAAUGUGCCCAACGUUUCGGCUGCCAACAACAUGCAAUAUGGCCAGAAUAUCUCCAUACCGUACUCACAGCCGCAGGGUGAUCUGAACUUUCUCAAUGCAGCCGCUGCGGCCGAUCAUAAGGGUAAAAUCCAUCCAAAAAUCGAACGUGACCGGGAAGAAGUCCUCAACCAGCAGAUCCUGCAGAAUGUCAACCAAUCCUGGCAGACGUUGGCCAAUACGGCCAAUACGGUGGACUACUCGUCGCACCUGCUCUCCGCCACACUGCCCAUCUCCAUACAGCACUUCCUCAAGUACUCGGAGACGAUCAAGAAGGAGUCCACCGGCGAUGUCCUGAAGAACGGCACCAAUUUGGCCAGCCUGGCGCUGGGGGGCGUGGCCCUAACGCCCAGCAACAACGGAGCGAAUGGCGGCCACCACAACGGACUGGUGGGCAUGGACCAUGGCGGUCACAUGACCAACAUGACGGACGCCAAUGGAGCGGCGCUGACGAACGGAGCAAGCAACGGGGUGAACGGCAACGCCAACGGCACUGUCACCAAUGGUGGCGCCGGCGCUGUCUCGAGCUCCGGAUCCGUGGGCACAACAAACGCCAGCGGGGGAACGGGCACGGCCAGCGGCAAGAAGACCAAAAAGAAGAAACCACCAAAGGAGAAGAAGCCGCGCCCCAAGCCAGGAGAAAUCCGCGAGACAAAGGCGCUGGAUGGCUCGACGCUCUACUGCUGCCCGGAGUGCCAAAUGGCCUAUCCGGACCGCAGCCUCAUCGAGCAGCACGUCAUCUCGCACGCCGUGGAGCGUCGCUUCGUCUGCGACAUCUGCAAUGCGGCGCUGAAGCGCAAGGACCACCUGACCAGGCACAAACUAUCCCACAUACCGGACAGGCCGCAUGUGUGCAAUAUCUGCAUGAAGUCCUUUAAGCGCAAGGAGCAGCUCACUCUGCACAUUGUCAUCCAUUCCGGCGAAAAGAAGCAUGUUUGCAUUGAGUGUGGAAAAGGUUUCUAUCGCAAGGAUCACUUGCGCAAGCAUACGCGAUCGCACAUCGCCCGGCGUGUCAAGUCGGAGGUGUCGGCGCAGAACGUAAACGGAUCCGCCGGCGGAGGUGGCGGCGGUGGAGGCGGCAACAGUGCGCAGAGCAACGCGCUGCACGGCUCCUGAGGAUCGUACAAGGACUUCUGGUAAACUCCCAGCCGAAUUUCAAGCAAUAAGGGGCGGCCAGCCUGCUGGCGGCGGUGGACAGUAAGUAUCCGUAUACGGAUUCGACUGACUGCGGCCGGGAGCAGGCGAGCUGCCUUUGAAAUUCGCUGGGGGCUUACCGGGGGUCCUGCUGAGCGUCACCCAACUCCAAUUACAAUAACCCUCAAUAAACACGAGUUAUACUUACUGGAUGCAAGUAUUAGUACGAUUUUGUUCACGACACUUUCAGUUCUUUAGCUUUAGUUCUUUCAGUUGAGAUUUUCGCACAAACAGUCGAGCAAAGUAUAGCAAUCGAAAUGUACAAAUCAGCAGAAUGACAGAUUUAAAUUCGAGUUUAGUAUGCGCAUAUGUUAAGGGAAGAUAACGCUGCUUAAACAUCGCUUUCGUUUCUUUUUGGGGAUCUGUGAUCUGUAGUCGCUGCAUAAACUAAAAACAAACGAGACGAUCGUAGGCGGUCGAAAGCUGUUCUAAGAAUAAGUUAAUAUGUCUGCAACCGAUUUAAUUAUAUAUGUGCAAUUUAUAAUCCUUUUGAUUUGCCUUUUUGUUGCCCUCGUGGCGCUUUUGUUCACUACAUUUAAUGCUAAAUGUCUUUCCCCCGAGAGCACGGGGGAAAUUCUUAUUGAAUUAUGCACACUUUUUAAGGAAGUAAGAAGCUCUACAAGCGAAAUUUGUACUUCUAGUCUUGUAUUUUAUUUUACCGAUAGGCAUAGAGGGAAACCCGAAACGAUGUCAUGUAAUCUUAAGCUUUUAAACUUGAAUGUUCAAAGGAAAACCUUCGACGCGAGUCACACCAAACACUAAACAGAGAGCCGCAAUACGAACUUGCAUCUUGGCAUGCCCAACUUCCAGCCAUCGUCAUUGCCUGCAACUGCAAUAACCAACAGUAAACCUAUAUCCAGCUUACCAAUCAAUACCAAUACCGAUACUGAUACAAGUACAGAUACAAAUACAGAUACAAAUACAGAUACAGAUACAGAUACAGCUACUGAUACUGAUACCGAUAACUGAUAACCACAAAUAGAGUUAAGAGCCACAUAUACAGAUACUGCAGCAAUAGCCAUAGCCAUAGCAUUGCAGAUAGCACGGGUCAACAAUCCAACAGAA